AUGAAUAAAAUAAAAACAAAAAAUUCUGUUCAUAAAAUGGAAUAUUGUGACACUUAUAUAUCGUCUUAUGUUGAUUGGGUAAGGGACAUCUUUAAUUCUGAUGUGUUAUUAAAUGUAAAUUUUUUAAAUAUAGAAAAUGAAAAAAAGGAAAAAAAAAAAAGAAAAUUGAAUCAAGUUGAAAAAAUAAUAAAAAAGAGUAAAAUUAUAAAUGAAGAAAAUAGUCCUAACAAUGUUUUAAUUGAAGAAACAAAUAAUAAAGAUGAAAAUAAUUGUUACUUAAAAAACACCAAUUUUAAUGAAUCUUAUAAAUCAACAAAUUUUAAUAUAAUUGAAUCUAAUAAUAAUAAGCAUAAUUUGAAUGAAAAUUAUUUUAUAAAUAAUAAUUUUAAUAUGAUUAAUUCAAGCAAAAAAAAUAGUUCCUCAUGUGAUAUAUCGGAAAUAGAUAGUGAAGAAGACUCUUAUAAAGAAACAAUAGAAAAAAAUAAUAAUGUAGAUCAUUCAAAUAUUUUUAAUGAUAAUUUUAAAAAUUUAUCUGAAAUAUGCAAUAAUUUAAAUAAAAUAACUCCAAAUAAGUUAAACAGAGAUAUUAUACUAAAUGAAAAUAGUAAUAAAAUAUAUAAUCAUAGGUUAAAUAUAAUAGGUGAUGAAGUAAGUAAUUUUUUAAUUUAUACUUCCGAUAAAGAUGAUAUAAAUAAUGAUAACGAAGAAGAAAUAAAAAGUAAUAAUUCUAUAUUUAUUUCCUUUAAUUAUGAUCAAUUUAAAAAAAAUGUACAUUUAAUAGAGGAAAUUGAUAAAGAAUUUUACUCUAUAUCAAAAGAGGAAGAGAAAAAACAGGAAAGAAAAAAAGAAAAAAGUGGAAAAAUAGUGAACAAUAAUAGUAAUAAUGUGAGUAAUAACAUUAGUUUUAAUAAUUAUAUAGAUGAUAAUAUUAAUUAUAACAUAAACGCCAACAAUAAUAACAACAACAAUAAUAAUUAUAAUAAUGAUGAUGAUGACGAUGUUGAUGAUAAUAAUAAUAAUAAUGAUGAUGUUGAUGAUAAUAAUAAUAAUAAUGAUUAUGAUGAUGUUGAUGAUAAUAAUAAUGAAAACAAAAAUGAAUAUAAUAAUAAUAAUAAUAAUAAUGAUGAUGUUGAUGAUAAUAAUAAUAAUAAUAAUGAUGAUGAUGAUGAUAAUAAUAAUCCAAUAAACUUUAAAAAAAAUGAAAAAAUAAUUAAGGAAGAAAAUUUUUCAUCUAAUAAUAAUUUCUUAAAUAAUUUUUGUUUUUGGAAUAUUGAAAGUGAUAGUUACAUAAGUAGACCACUUUAUGUUCAAAAUAAUAAUAAAAAAUAUUUUACAUUUUUAGAAGAAUCAGAAGAAAUGAUUAAAAAUUAUUCAUCAAAUCAAUACUCAAUUAAAUUUGUUCCUAGACAUCUUUUAUAUGUAUUAAGUCAAGUAGCUUCAAGAAUUUUUUUUGAUCCAAUGUAUAGAAAACAGUUAUUUUUUCAAUUUUAG